AUGAUAACUGGGACGCUUACUGCCCAUAAGAUCAAUGAUACAUCUGAGGAUUUGAUCACAUCUAGUAUUAGUGAUAGAUCUCAUUCCUUACAUAAAAAAUUUGUCGAUGUCGGUGUGCAAACCAAAUUGAGUAACAAUGAUUUCAAUAACGCUUUAAAUAAUUUACGUCGAGAUAAAAAAAUUCUCCAACAAAAACUCAACAGAAAAGAUAAAAGAUCUUCACUCCCUUUCACUUUGUUCUCAAAUGAAACUUCUAAUUCUCAAAAUCUAGAAACUUGUAGAUCAUACUCUGAAGAAAUUCGUAAAUUUCGUUUAACUUUACAUUUUUAUUCCCUUUGCGCCUAUGACUUCAUAAGACAAAGAAGUACACUUCCUGAUCCAUCAACAAUUCGCAGAUUCUUGAGAUGGUUUUUGGCCCGAUUAGAGUGGCAAGUUUAUGAGUACAGUGAUCUUGGUGGUAUUGCACAUGUUACUAAUGAAGAAUUAGCUACAGAAUCAUUAGUAUUCAUAAUUAGUAGUUUGAGUGGAAAAUUCAAUUAUCCAGUUGCAUAUUUCUUUAUUAAUAAAAUGAAUGCUACAGUACAGAGUCAAUUGGUAAUUUCUAUUAUUUUAAUAUUAUAUGAAGCAGGAAUUAUUGUUCAAUCUUUAACUAGUGACGGAAUUAGCACAAAUUUGAAGGCAUAUGAAUACUUAUUUGUUGUUUAG